CCCCCACUACACCUAUGAAGUUUCAAAUCAACUCUGAAUAAUAGAAAUCGAUUUUAACUUUUCCUACUUUCAUGUCCUUUGCUUCUUCUCGAAGACAAUGCCAGAUUCUCUCCAUUCCUACGCUUCCACCACCUAAAACCCAAACACCAAUCCCACAAACCUAACCAUGGAUUUCACGGAGCUUGAAGCCAUCGAAGGCCUCCGUUGGUCAUGGAACUCAUGGCCACCCACCAAAUCCGACGCUGUUUCUCUCCUCAUCCCUCUCAGUCUCUUACACACUCCCUUAAUGCAAUCAUCCGACAUCCCCAUCCUCCCUUACGACCCUCUCAUCUGCUCCAAAUGCGGCGCCGUUUUAAACCCCUAUGCUCGCGUAGAUUACGCCUCUCGCAUCUGGUCUUGCCCUUUCUGUUACGCCAGAAACCCCUUUCCCCGCACUUACUCCUCCAUCGCCGAAACCAAUCUCCCCGCUGAACUCUUCCCCACUUAUUCCUCUGUCGAAUACGCCACCAACGAUCAUUCUAUCACUAAUACUUUGGGCUCUGCGAUGUCAUUUUCGUCUAUGGCGUCGUUUUCCUCUGUUUCUAGUGGCGGGGCCGCUGGAGUUGGAGUGGGACCGACGUUUGUGUUUGUGGUGGAUGGGUGUAUGGAGAAGGAUGAGAUUAAGGCGGUUAAACAUGAGUUACUUCGUGUUAUCGAGCAGUUGCCCGAAAAUGCUUUGGUUGGUUUAGUUGUGUUCGACUCAAUGGUAAUGGUUCAUGAUCUUGGAUUCAACGAGUGUUCUAGAGUUGUCAUUUUGCAUGGCGAACGCGAUCUCUCAUCAGAACAGAUUCAACAGUUGCUAGGCAUUAGUAGCUUGAAGCAGCAGCAACUUGGGAAGACACCAGUUAUUCAUAAUCAGGGUUUUCUGCUUCCUGCGUCUGAGUGUGAAUUCAAUAUUAGUACUGCAAUUGAAGAGAUACAAAGUUUAGUGCAACCAAAGCCAGGGCAUCGACCUCAAAGAUGCACUGGAGCUGCAAUAUCAGCUGCUCUCGGACUUUUAGAAGGUUGCUUAAUGAAUACAGGCUCACGGAUUAUGGUAUUCACAUCUGGCCCUGCAACUCUGGGCCCUGGGAUUGUUGUAGAUACAGAUCUUAGUAAAACUAUCAGGAACCAUGGAGACCUCAUGAAUGGCCAUGCACCUUAUUAUAGAAAGUCUAGUGCCUUCUACAAGCGAUUGUCAGAGAGAUUGUCUAAGUCAUCUGUUGUUCUUGAUUUGUUUGCUUGUUCUCUAGAUCAAGUUGGUGCAGCUGAGCUAAAAGUUCCUGUUGAGAGUUCGGGUGGAUUCAUGAUGAUAGGAGAGUCAUUCGAAAUGGAUCAGUUCAGAAAAUGUAUGCGGCACAUUUUUAGUCGUGAUGAAGAGGGGAUAUUGAAGAUGUAUUUUGAUGCUACUAUUGAGAUAGUGACUACCAGAGAUGUAAAAAUCUGUGGAGCCCUUGGACCUUGUGUGUCUCUGCGGAAGAAGAACAAUUUAGUGAGUGACAAUGAGACAGGGGAGGGUGGGACCUACAUGUGGAAGUUGAAUACACUUUCUAAUACAACAUGCAUUGCUUUCUUUUUCCAAGUGAGUGAUGAUCAGAAAGCCCAACCUGGAUCUGCAUUUUUCAUUCAGUUUAUAACACGCUAUCGACUUGGAAACAUGGGAAUGCGGAGAAGGGUGACAACUGCUGCAAGAAGAUGGGUUGGGAAACAAUCACCUGAAAUAGCUGCUGGGUUCGACCAAGAAGCAGCAGCUGCAGUCAUGGCCAGACUUGCCAUACACCGAGCAGAGACAUGUUACACUCGAGAUGUAAUAAGAUGGCUGGAUGACACGCUUGUUCGUUUUGCAUCCAAGUUUGGAGAUUAUGUGCAGGAAGAUCCAUCUUCCUUCCGCCUAUCGUCCAACUUCUCCCUUUAUCCCCAAUUCAUGUUCUAUUUAAGGAGGUCCCAAUUUAUAGAUGUCUUUAACUGUAGUCCUGAUGAGACAGCUUUCUUCCGGCUGAUGCUGAACCGUGAGGGUGUAGUGGGUUCUCUUAUCAUGAUCCAGCCUACACUUUUCCAGUAUUCCUUUGAUGGUCCUCCUGUUCCGGUCCUCCUUGAUAUACGCUCUAUCUCUCCGGAUGUUAUAUUACUCUUUGAUGCUUAUUUCCAUGUGGUUAUUCACUAUGGAUCAAAGAUUGCUCAGUGGAGGAAGCUGGGCUAUGACAAAGAUCCGAACCAUGAGAAUUUGAGAAAGCUGUUGGAAGCCCCAGAGCUUGAUGUAGAGCAACUGGUGGCUGAACGAGUUCCAGCACCCAAGCUUAUAAAAUGUGACCAACAUAGUAGUCAGGCAAGGUUUCUUCUUGCCAAGUUGAAUCCUUCUAUUACUCAGGAUUCAGUAUAUACUGAAGGUUCAGAUGUCAUAUUUACUGAUGAUUUGAGUUUGCAAGUUUUCUUGGAUCAUUUACAGACCCUGGCAGUGCAGGGCUAAUUUAAAUUUUGUAUAGGUCAUAGGAGUAAGAGAAAAGAAACUCUUUGUAUAGUGCUUUCAAGAGUAAAGGUGUCCAAUGUCAGACACCAAAAUAGGCCUACUUGGUUUGGAUGCAAUUGUUGUUCUGUACAUUAUUUUUCAUUUUUGUGACGAGAGAAAGUUUGAUUGCGGCA